UGCAAGUAAACUAUUCAUUCCUCGCUGGCUGUGGUGCUCAGUGGAUCGGUAGCGCACAGUUGGCAAGUUCUAGAUAGCAGAGACAAAACGCACUCUUGUGUCGCCCAAACAAAUCUGACAGUAUUCCCUGCCUAAACCAUGGACAACCGAAAGCGGCCAAGAGAUGAUUUAGCGUGCAACUCAGCCGACAAUUUCAAGACCCCAGAGAAGCGAGUGUCGGUGCUUCCACGUCGGGGUGGCAGUUCCAGUGAUGCCGAUUUCAGAAACUGGGAUGUGGAGGCGACCUGUUGUUACCUGCGCCAGGAGGGACUUGGGGAAUGGGAGAGCAAGUUUAAAGAGCAACAAAUCACUGGGGUGGGACUGCGCUACCUCACUGACGCUCAUCUGGAGAAGAUUGGCAUUGGGCCGCUGGGGAGACGCCUUCAGAUCCUGCACAGCCUGCAGAAGCUGUGGCACAUCACAAGUGUGCCUGCAAAGGUGUUCAACGACCCCAUCCACGGCCACAUAGAGCUCCACCCUCUCCUGGUGCGCAUCAUUGACACGCCUCAGUUCCAGAGGCUACGGCACAUCAAGCAGCUGGGAGGAACCUACCUGGUCUUCCCUGGGGCAUCGCACAACCGCUUCGAACACUCCAUUGGGGUUGGACAUCUGGCUGGCCGGCUGGUUCAGGCUCUGAAUGAACGGCAGCCAGAGCUGCUCAUAACCAGUCAGGAUAUCCUGUGUGUGCAGAUCGCAGGCCUCUGCCACGACUUGGGACAUGGGCCGUUUUCUCACAUGUACGAUGGAAUGUUCAUCCCCAAAGUCCGUCCUGGCUACAAGUGGAAGCAUGAGAUGGCGUCGGUGAAGAUGUUUGACCACCUGGUGCGUGAGAACGAUCUGGAGAGCGUGAUGCAGGACUACGGGCUGAGCCUUCCUGAUGACCUCACCUUCAUCAAGGAGCAGAUCGCCGGGCCCCUGGAGAGCCCCGCCUCCACUCGCAAAGGCCCCGCACCUUGGCCCUACAAAGGCAGAUCGGAGGAGAAGUCCUUCCUGUAUGAGAUUGUGGCCAACAAGAGGAACGGCAUUGACGUAGACAAGUGGGACUACUUCGCAAGAGAUUGCUACCACCUCGGUAUCCAAAACAACUUUGACUACCGGCGCUUCCUGAAGUUUGCCCGCGUGUGCGAGGUGAAGGGGACCAAGCAUGUGUGCACCAGAGAGAAGGAGGUGGGAAACCUGUAUGACAUGUUCCACACCCGGAACUGCCUUCAUCGCAGAGCGUACCAGCACAAGGUCGGGAACAUCGUGGAGACCAUGAUCACAGAGGCCUUGGUGAAGGCAGACCCCCACAUCCAGAUCCAGGGCUCAGGAGGGAAGAUGUUCACUCUCUCCACAGCCAUAGACGACAUGGUGGCCUACACCAAACUAACAGAUUAUGUCUUUGAGCAGAUCCUGUACUCGUCCUCUCCUGAGCUGGCGGGAGCUCGGGAGAUCCUCAAUAAUAUCAUCUGUCGGCGCCUUUACAAGUGUGUGGGUCAGACUCACCCCACCAGUCAUGUGGAUGUGUCCCAGGGGAUGCUGCUGCAGUGGGCUGAAGAGGUGGCCAGGUCCAGACCAAGUGGUACAGACGAGGUCUUUCAGAAAGAGGACUUUGUCGUCAACGUUAUCUACAUGGACUAUGGUAUGAAGUCCAAGAACCCCAUCAACAACGUCCACUUCUACUGCAAGAAUGACCCCACCAAAGCCAUCAAGAUCCGUAAGAAUCAGGUGUCUCAGCUGUUGCCUGAGAAGUUUGCAGAGCAGCUGAUCCGUGUGUACUGCAAGCGCACCGACGAGCGUAGCCUGGAGGCCGCCAAGAAGUACUUUGUGCAGUGGUGCAUGGACCAUAACUUCACCAAGCCUCAGGAUGGCGACGUCACUGCACCCGAGCUGACGCCUCUAAAGAAAAGCUGGGCCAGCAAUGACAAGGACGACGAUGAUGAUGAUGAUGAAGACGAAGACGAUGAUGAUUAUGACUCUAUGGACAGCGGACACCCAGCAGGCGGACACAGCACGCCCCAGAACGGCACCCUGAAGGCCAAGGCCAGGCUGUUCACACCAAAGAAAGACCUGUAGUCCUGUAGUGCAGAGGAAGACGAACGACAUCGUCGUCGUCAGCGUCAUCAAACGCUGUGGCGUUCAGGGGAGACUGUUACUCAGAUUUACCACAAGGCGGCAGCAGAGAUGCAAUGUUGAGGUAAAGAUGACUGAGGCUUGACUUGCUCAGGAGAAGUGAGAGGCUACAGCUUCUAAUCGCGAUCUCAUCUCAUUCCCAACACUGCCCCGUUGGCAUCUUUUUUGUCUUUAUAUUCAGCAAAAAGUGUAAAGCUGUUUUUGUGUUUAUUAUUAUUUUAAGCUUUUAUUUUUCUAGAUGUCUUUCUAUUAUCUUUUUAUUUUAUUAUUCUAUGCUUUCUUGUGCAAACUUCAGAGGAGGUGUGUGUUAGUGGGUGAGAAGAGGGUGUUGAAAUCAAAUGAGUGAAGCGACUUUUUAAACAAACAAAGUUUCACAGGACAUCUACCUCUGAAGAUUCCACGUCCAGUUUCCUCAGUUAUGUCAGUGUCUCUUUCUGAAACAACAAAGAAAUGCACCAAUAACUUUGUGCACACUUUACUCCAAAGGCCGAAAAGUUACUCUUGCAAUCAGCCAGUGGGUUUAUUUUGAACCGUCAUAUGUAAAGAUAAUAUUAUUUGUUAGACCUUGAAUGUAUAUUAUUUAUUUUCUUUUCCAGAGUGCUUCAAAGUUCUCAUUCUUGGUGUGUCUCGUGUUUACUGGUUAUAUGUUCACUAAGCAUCAGUUUUGUACAUGCAUACUGUGUACAGGUAUGGAAGUACUAUACAUAUAUGGAAGUACAGAAUCAUAUCCAAAUAGUCAAGCGUAUUUAACACCACAAACUCAGUGGUAUCCCAUAGUUUUUACCUCUUUUAUUUUAAACUUGUGAACUUAUUUUAGAGCUGUUGCUGCCUUAUAGCCUUCAGCCCUCUGUGGUAUUCAUUACCAAUGCAUUGAAAUACAUUACUGAUGCAUAGACAGAUGCACAAGCAUUGGUCACCUUGCAGGCUAGAUAGCAGGAAAGGGAUUUGGUGUGAGAACACAUUUGAUGGUGUGAAUAUUGUGUUUUUUUCCUUUGGGUUUUCCUUAUUUGAGUGCACACAGAGUGUUCAUAUAUGUAUAUGUUUAUUUUUCUAAGUGUGUGUAACAUUUCCUCUCCUAGACUGCUUUGGUGCUCCCUUGGUGUUUGAUGGCUGCCUGUCGUGCAGUUCCAGCAUUGGACAUUUUAUAUUCUGAACUUUGACCUCUGUUGCUAUACCAACAGUUCAGCAAUUUCUUGUCAGAAUGUCAGUUGACAUCAAAGCUGCAGACUAUCAUGCUUUAGUUGCCAAUCAACCACGGAGCAAAAAUGAUCAAUACCAUGCAAAUGGAUGCAGUGCACUUGCACACAAAAAAAGAAGACAAUUCUUGUGCGAAAUGUGUCAUGUGCACUGCCAUUUGCUCAGUUUUGAUUUAUGUUUGCACCAUUACAAACAAGGUGAGUGAUAUACUGUAGACUGAGACAGCUAUUAAUCUGUCUGUUUACAUAAAGGGCCAGUGAUGAUGCACUUUCCAAACAAAAAAAUGUUCAUGGAAAAAAAAUGGAACUGAAAAGAAAAAAACAUUAACAAUCAGGAUAUUUUUGAAAGAUGUUUGUAAUCCAUGUGAAGAUGAAUGCAACGGGGCAAUAUUCCAAUGGUGCCUGGCCUCAGCAAUUGAAUAAAGAAAACGUCCUCUCCCCAUGA